UUCUUUUGACAUCGUUCCAUGAAAGUGAGUAGAAGGAAUUGGAUCUGUACGUGGUAUAUUAUAUAUAUGAUAAUAUGAAUGUGUAAGGAAGACGAAGAAGAAGAAAAACAACGAUAUUCAUUUGGUAUAUAUUGCUAGAGAGGUGAGCACGUAUAUAUAUGGAAUUGUGUGGAGUUCAGACGCUGCGCUUCUCAUCGCCUAACUUCAAAACCCUUCGUUUGGUGAGACAUGCACAAGGAAUCCACAAUGUAGCAAUAGAGAAAGGAGAAUUGACUGCUUUAUCUGGCAAGCUGUUCGAUGCCCGUCUCUCUCAAACGGGUAUUCAACAGGUUUCUAACAUGAGGAAAGAAAUCAGUAAAUCAGGAUUACUAAACACUGUCCAGUUAGUGAUUACCUCUCCAUUGCGCAGGGCAAUGCAAACUUCAGUUGGAAUAUUUAGGGGACAAGAAGAUACGAAUCAAUCCGAUAUCUUUCCAAAAGUUAACCACUCCCCUCCAAUUGUAGCACUUGAGAUUUGUAGAGAACGCAUGGGAUUAUAUCCGUGUGACAAAAGAGAAAGUAUAGGUACCUAUCGCACUUGUUUCUCAGAGGUCGACUUUACAAUGAGAGUGAUGAAGAUACUCUAUGGCAAGCAGAGGAGAGGGAAGACAUGGAAGAUGUUUCUGCUAGAGGCCUUCACUUUCUCAAAUGGUUAUGGGAGAGGCCGGAGAAAGACAUUGCAGUUGUUAGCCAUGGGAUAUUUUUGCAACAAACACUACGUGCGCUGCAUGAAAAAGUUGGCACACCUGUUGAAGAUAAUCACCUUAAAAGGUUUGCCAAUUGUGAACUACGGUCAAUUCGGCUCGAGAAGAGUGCAGUGACAUGGAAGCAUAUACAUUAACGACUUACAAUAGUAGAAAAUACGUUAGUCCACCUUCAACCUCCAUUCACACGUUUGAAUAGAAGGCAUGCGCAUGUGAAUUGCGUGUGUUUAUGUUGGCAUGCCAUAUAUGCACAUAACGGUUGAAUAUUGGAACCAGUAAAGCAUUACGUAGCUAAUAAAACCACCGCCGAUCAUCAUUUUGUCUAUCGUGGACAGGCAUGUCGCAUGCCAUGCGUGUGAAACUCUUUCUUUUGUUAUUUCUGUUUUGUUUUUAUUAAUAAAGGUUUACUUCUUGUGAAUCUCUGUGUAUUCAUAAUUUUUUUUACUUAAAUUGUUGUUGCGUAUUUUAACAAACAAGGUCCGUCUGUGUUUGUGGUUGUUGUCGAUUUUAUUAUAAAAAUACUUAU